AUGUACGCAGGAAGAACGAUCAAUAUCCUCAACAACAGACUCACGUCUUUCAAGAACUAUAACUCGGCUGUCGUUGGCUCAGUCUCUGCCCCACUGUCUCAUGUCUUUGAUCAGCAGGAGCAUCAGAGCCUGUUCCCAACGGCCAAGAAUGCCGAGAUGAGAAUCGAGUCGCCAGGCCGUCGCCUCUUCUCCACCAAGCCAUUCACCAUGGUCGAGACCAAGCUCGAGGAUGUUCACACCCCAAAGCGUCCAACCUCUCCACAUCUCACCAUCUACAAGCUGCCACUCCCAGCCAUCCUCUCGAUCACUCAUCGUGCUACUGGUAUUGCCAUCGGUGUUGGUCUUGCUACAUUGACAGGUCUCGCAGUGUUUGGCGCUCAUGACGUCCCAUUCUACAUUCAACAGUUCAAGACUCUUUACCCAGAGCUCAUCUACCCAACUAGAUUCUUUGUCACCUUCCCAUUGGUCUUCCAUACUCUUGCUGGUGCUAGACAUCUGUACUGGGAUACACUGUUGAAGGGUAUCAACACCAAGUCAGCAGAGGUCACUGGAAUGGUCAUUGUCGCUGCUUCAGUAGUUCUUUCAUUGGCUGUUUCAUUCAUCGAGUUGGCUUCAGCCUAA